UAUCCUACGACUCUAAUGCUGUUCAAACGUGAAGUGAACGAGACGGAGUGGAAGACGAGCUUUUUGUCCGCUGCGGUAACAAAAUGACUGUGUGUCACUUCUUUCUCCAGGGACGUUGUCGGUAUGGCAAUUCAUGCUGGAACGAACACCCGGGAGGUGGUGGUGGUGGUGGGGGAGGAAGAGGAUACAACGGCCCCUCGUCUCCGCCACAGUCCAGAGGGGGUGGAGGCUUUGGGAACAAGGUUUGGGUGAAUCCGGCUCAACAAAAGGGAGGCUUCAACCAGCAGGCGUCCUCCCGUGGGACUGAUCAGUGGGGCGGGAGAGGACACGACGAGAAGAACUUCUCUUCACACAACAGAUUCUCCACACUCGCCGACCACAAUGACUAUGAGCGGGGAGGAAGAGGAAAAGGAGGACCAAGUGAAGAAGAUGAUGAGCAAAAAGUGGAGAUCAUUCAGAGCGACAUGGCCGUUUGGGAGAGCUCAGGCCAGUGGGGCUUCUCGUGUUACAGCGCCUCCAAAGCAUCACUAUCUGGCUUUGCAGACCUUUCUCCAGAGGAGCUGAGGCUUGAGUAUUACUCCUCCAAAGGAUCAGGAGACCUGAAGAGUUAUCUCAAUGGAAUCAAUCAGUUGCUCAGCCAGUGGAGAAACCGAGUCCAGGAGCUGAAGAUAAUGAAUCCAUCGACUCGUGCGGCUUUGCUUGCAGAACUAAAAAAUCCAGCGCCUCAAGCGUCGACAAAUGGAUUCGGCUCAGCACCAACUGGAUUCGGGUCCUCUGCCUUAAAUUUUGGUAGUAAAGGGUUCGGGGCACCAGCAGCCCAGGCCAGUACCUUCAGUUUCACGUCUCCAGCGGCCGCAGCAUCCUCUCCUGGUUUCGGCAGUGCCAUCCCGGCUCCGACGCAACCUCCCUCUGGGUUCGGCUCCUCCUUCACCGCAGGUUCUGCUGCCCCGGCGGCGUCGUCCUUCUCCUUCGCUUGCCCGUCCGGCAACAAACCCGCAGCUUCCUCUUCAGGAUUCGCCUCGGCCGCCGGUUUCAGCUUCUCCUCCUCCGCCGCGGCCACCAAUGACAACAAGGCGCCGUUUGGAGGCGGUUUCGGGUCCGCCGCGCCCGCGGGAAACUUGUUCGGACAGACGCGGGCCGCCCCGGCAGCAGCCGGAGCCUCGGACGGGCUGUUCUCCCCUGAGAGCGAUCUGACCCAAGAGGAGCUGGGCCAGUUCAAGGCUCAGAGGUUCACUCUGGGCCAGGUCCCUCUGAAGCCGCCUCCCGCUACAAUGCUUCAGGUUUGAUGCGCUCAUGAAUUAUUCAUGCAGCUAUUUAAAAAAAGUCCACUUUCAUGGUGAAAAAUAGAAACACAAACAGACUCUAAAUUUAUGCACAUCUUUUUGCGUAUUUUUUAGUGUUAUUUUUAAAUCCCAAAAUGAUUCAUAUUAUGGCCAAAUUUUAGCCUUUCACAUCCAAAAACAAGAAGGAAAAAGGUUGUUUUUUUUAAAUCCCAACUUUUCAAGUCCCAGCAGUUAACAUUUUUUAAUAGUAAAUAAGUUAAUUACUGCUAAAUAGGCCACAUUUUCCCCCCCAUUUAAAAUUAUUCCUAUCUCGAAUGUUUAGGCCUCAUUUUUCAGCCUUUUUUGCACUAUUCUAAAAGAUUCUGGAAGCUUCUAGGAUGGUUUUGCACCUAAACAUCUAUAAAAUAAUAACAGUCGAUAGUUGGCCUGUGUUGAAAUGUGACAAUUUAACACCUAGCACGACCACAAGGAGGCGUCAUAUAAUCAUUUUAAGUUUGGCUCACUGUUUGCUAUAUUGUCUGUCAUUUCUUUAAGGAAACAUGAACUGUAUAUUUUGCUAACACCGAUCAUAUGCUCACAUUGUGCCGUGUACAUAUUUUUUUUUUUUUAGAAAACUUAAGUAAAGCAGUGUGCCACUA